AUGGAAGUGGUUAAUCCUGCUGAAAAGGAGGCGAGUGAAGUCCUGCACUCACUUUUAUCUGUGGAACGUCGGAGUGUUGACAGCAAAGACACUAUAAUUGUGUCUAUACCAGCGGAUCAAAACGGCGGCGGCGAGUAUGGCGAGAGUGCACAGUGGCACACCCCUGUGAUGGGCCAGCACUCUGUAUUUGAACUUGGUGGUGCCCAAAAUAUGCAACAACAUAAUUAUAAUGGUCAUCAAGAACAGGUUCUCUGGCAAGGCCAUACAAUUCAGGUUGAAAAUGGAGAUGGGAACUUACAAGGUAUGCCGGGAACAUAUAGUAUUGAAUUUGAGACCAAUGUGGAAGGCAAUGAAAUGGAUGUUGAUACAAAACCUAAAGUGGAAAAGAAAACUGGUACAAAGAAAAAGAAAAAACUAGCAGAAUCUGAUAGUGAUGAAGAUGUCUUUGAUAAUAAAUUGGAAGACAACCCUACACAGGUUAAAGAGAGACUAAAAAGGGGAUGUGACUGUAAAGACAAUUGCUAUCGGGGGCUCAAUCCUGAAGCUGUAUACCGUCAUCGGUUAAAUAUAGCUGAACUGACUAAAAGCGAACAUGAUAUGUAUUUGAUGGGAAUUACAAUGGCGAGCUUGGCAAAUCCAGCUGAAACUUCACGGCAUAAAGUUAGAAGGAGAUUGAGAGCCUGUUAUGUAUAUCAGGGUAGAAAGGUUUGUUUAGAAGCUUUCCUAUAUCUUGAAAAUGUCACUCAUUAUCAGCUCAAGCGAAUCCGGCAGCAUGUAAUGACACAUGGUGUGGCUCCUCGGAUACAUGGUAAUGUCGGUAAGAAACCAUAUAACACAUUCACACUUGAUAUAUAUAAACAUGCUACAAAUUUUUUGAAAGAAUAUUUAAAACAACAUGCAAGCUCGCCUAAAGAUGUACAACCGUCAGGUGAGAGUGGCAAAAAGGCUAGCAAAACUGUUAUUAUACAAGGUGAUUCUAGAAAGCAUUUGUUUGAAGCAUACAAAGAAUAUGGGGAAAUUUUAGAACCUGGAGUGAAGCUAAUGGGUUAUUCAACAUUUAGAGCAUUUAUGAAAGACCAAUUUCCACAUGUUAAAUUUGCAACUAAAAAGCAGGAAAUACCAAAGGAGAUGGUACCGUUUCGUAGUGGCAAAUGUAUGUCAUAUGACAAAAAUAAAGAUCCAAUUAGGAUACAGCAAGAAAAAGAAAAGGCAGAGGCAAAGAAGGCAGCUAUGGAAGCAAAGAAGAAGGAGGAACAUGAAAGAGAGCAGCAAGCACAGCAACAGGCUCAACAACAGCAGCAAGUCCAACAGCAACAACAACAACAGCAGCAGCAGCAACAAGUCCAACAAGUACAAGUACAGCAGCACCAGCAGAUGCAGAACCAAGGCCCUCAUGUGGUCAUACACCAGCAACAGUCACAACAACAGCAACAAAUGCAACAACAGAUGCUGGUGCCUCAAGUGAGUCAGCACCAGCAAGUCCUGACUCAACAAGGUGUUCAGCAAGUCACUCAGCAACACUGUGUACAGCCUCUCGGUGUAUCAGAGGAUAGUGGGCAACCAGUGGAAAUGGCUCAACAAGUUAUCCCUCUGGCGGUGGUACAACAACCCCAACAAGCAUACAUUGUGACACCAGUAUCACAUUUCCAGACAAGAGUACAAGGUGCUUGGUACAGACAU